AUGUCACCGCCGGAAGCGAAGAGGAGCUGGCAGAUGGACGAGCUGGAGCAGUUCGUGGGAGACAAGGAGAAGCCUGACGGCAACCCCGGCUGCUGGCCGGCGCGCUGGGAGACGAGGAGGAAGGCAACAGGGUUCAAGGGGACGCAGAAGAAGUAUAUCUGCACGCACGGGAUGGGGCAUGCGUACGACAAGCCUUGUUGCAAGUGGGAGAUGGUGUGCGAGUACGUGAGCGAGGUGGAGGGAGAGGUCGCCGGUUGGGUCGUUCUGCGCGUCAUGCCUGAGCACAACCAUGACCUUGACGAGAGUUGCAACCUGGAAGAGAAGAGGAUGAGGAAGCAGCGGAAGAUCGCUAACAACUUCCUCUUCUCGAUGAUGCAUAACGAGCCAUACCAGCCCGUGGGUGGAUCGCGCGCACGGGAGGAGGAGGCGUCGAGGAAGAAGAUCCAGUCCUGGCUGAAGGAGCUCGGGCUGGAGGAGCUGCUGCCCAAGUUUGAGGAAGAGAAGAUCGAUGUCGAGGCGCUGGCGGCGAUGAACGAGCAGGAGCUGAAGGAGGUGGGAGUGGAGAGGAUAGGAGACCGAGCGAAGCUGCGAUCUAGAGCUCAGCGCACUGUUUGCUCGUCGACGAACCCUUCACUUGCGCUGCUGGCGUCGAUGCAGGCUAGGAUGGGGCAAGACGUGUGA